AUGCGAAUGUACGGUGCAGAAUUUACAGACGCCCAGUUAUUAGAUCAAGGUGUUUCCGUAUACGAGACGGAGGCUAUCGCUAUUGUAGAGUCCGGUACAAUUUUCGUCGGUGGGCACUUUGUGGUCCCUCUGUCAUGGAAGAGGGGUGUCAAUACCGGAAACUAUUCGUCAGCGCUCUCGAGGUUGAACAGCCUGAAGCAGCACUUAAUUAAUGACGAGGCGCUACGGUUUCGUUACGCACAAACGAUGAAGAUAGAGAAGGGAUAUGCCGUGCCAGUCCCAGGGGAACAGUUACACUGCGACUUUCAUCCGCGUUCGUACCUGCUUCGUCAUGCAGUACUGAACCCCAAAAAGCCGGAAAAGCCGCGUAUAGUUUUGGAUUGUGCGGCCAAACACAAGGGGCAAUCGUUGAAUGACAUGCUAUAUCAAGGUCCAGACACCACCGCGAAUUUAGUGGGUAUACUUUUGCGAUUCCGUAAGGAACUUGUAGCUGUUAUAGCUGACAUAGAAUAG